AUUACAGCUAGUAAGGCGUCUUUACAGAAAAUUCAAAUUCACGAUAAGUAAUACUUUUUUAUACUCUCAACUGGUGGUGAAAUUGAAUUAAGAAUGUUGAGCCGCCAUCUCCCAGAGGACGUGGUGACUGAAAUUUUGUCGACGCUGCCGGUAAAAUCGUUGAUGCGAUUUAAAUCUGUGAGUAAAGCCUGGUAUGCUCUCAUCAGAAACCCUCAUUUCAUCACAAAGCACCACACUUUCGCCAUUUCUGAUCACAAUCGCAAUCACUGCCGUCGAGUCAUCCUUGAGCGUUACCGAGCAAUAGAUACCCCACGUUUCUCCAUGCACUCUAACGACACCCUGGAGUUUUCCGGCGACAUACAUCUCAUCCCACAAUUGUUCUCAGAAGAUAUUACCCCAGUACUUUUCAUCGGUUCCUGUAAUGGAAUAGUUUGUGCUGUUGGUAUUUCUGCAGAGCGUUUUCAUUUUGGUCCUGAUCCAGACCGGGCUUGGGAGAUAGGGCUUUGGAAUCCUGCAACCAGAGAAUCUAAGAGGCUUCCGUUUGUCCCUCGCCCACCUGAUUUUGUCCCUCUCCCUCUUGAUAUUUGCUUCACGACUUACGAUUUUGGCUUUGGUAUUGAUCUCAACACCAAUGACUUCAAGGUGGUUAAAAUCACUUGCUUCUAUUCUCCGUGGCAUUACCAAGUUGAGAUAAGAAAUGCUUGGUAUUGUUUGAUCCAAGAACACAAGAACUAAAGAAUCUUCCAAUAUAUGACGAAGGAUCGGAAAUGUUUGAUCUGGUGAGUUACAGAGAGAGCCUAGUUUUAGUUAAUGGAUGGAGGAAUGUGCUUGAGCAACAAGACACUUGAUGAUUAUGAUAUUGAUAUCACAGAUUUGGACUAUUAUUAUUUAUGUAUUCCAAGAGGACUACAGAAUUACUGUGAAACUGAGUGGUUUCAAUGUUGUGAUUUUGGUCAUGGGGUCAAUUGACUGCUUAUGUAACAAAAGUUGAUUUAGUUGAAGAGUUGGUCCUAUUUGCUUAAAUACAAUGGUUUGUGGAUUGGAAUUACAUGAGGACCAUGACGUCCAGGAGUAUGACAGAUUUUAGCUUCAAUUGAGAUGGUUUCCUUGUAAUGCAUAUAAAUGGUGUUGAGUAUUUAAAGCUAGUUGUAAUUGCAUAUUUAUACUUGGUUUCGGUUGUGUUAUGCAAUGGAAUGUGAGAAGUUAAACGAAGUUUGGAUUGAAUGAAUUAUGUGGUAGUGUUGGAUUGAA